GCGCAAGGCCGAGGUGCGCGGCCCCGGGCGUGCCUCGGCGCUCAGCCCCGCGCAGGCGCAGUCCUCCUGCCGCCCGCUGUCAUGGCGGAGAAGGUGCAGAAGAGCGUGAAGAUCGCCCCGGGGGCUGUGGUGUGCGUUGAGAGCGAGAUCCGCGGGGAUGUGACCAUCGGACCCAGGACCGUGAUCCACCCCAAGGCCAGGAUCAUCGCCGAGGCGGGACCGAUCGUCAUCGGGGAAGGCAACCUGAUCGAAGAGCAGGCCCUCAUCAUCAAUGGGUAUCCAGAAAAUAUUACACCAGAAACUGAGGAAGUGGAGCCCAAACCGAUGGUCAUUGGCACCAACAACGUGUUUGAGGUUGGGUGUUAUUCCCAAGCAAUGAAGGUGGGAGAUAACAACGUCAUCGAAUCCAAAGCGUUUGUUGGCAGGAAUGUCAUCCUGACCAGCGGCUGCAUCAUCGGGGCCUGCUGCAACGUCAACACCUACGAGGUGCUCCCCGAGAACACCGUCAUCUACGGCGCCGACUGCCUGCGCCGCGUCCAGACCGAGCGCCCACAGCCCCAGACGCUGCAGCUGGAUUUCCUGAUGAAGAUUUUGCCCAACUACCAUCACCUAAAGAAGACCAUGAAGGCCACGUCCACUCCUGUCAAGAGCUGAGUGCCUUUCUGCUUCUGGCGGGUUUCAUCUGGUCCUGUGAGCCCCAGGAAGCAGCCAGUUCCCACACCUUUGAACAAAAAACCCCAACCAACCACAUUUUGCUUCUCUGUGUCCUUUAUUUAUAUUGCAGCUUUGGAGCCGUGGUGUCUCACUCUAACUCACUGUACCUGCUUUGCUUUGGGAAUAAAGUGUCACCUGCUCUUC